CUUUCUUUCUGAUAAACUUCAAUCUAUGGUUGUAUCUAGUUCAUUUCUCGCUCAAGAAAAUGGCUUCUUUCGCGUUUCCCGAAGAAAGCUUAAUCUGCAAAAUGACAGCGGCGAUCUUACUGGUCCUCAUCUCAACUGUCCCUGCGCGAGUGGCAUCGGCUCGAUGCCCAGAUUGUACGGGCGAGAUAAAAAGAAUUGAUUCUACAGGCAAAUGCCACAGUUGUUUCCCUUGCCCAGAAUGCAUUGAGGGAUAUUCAACUUCAUCUGUCCCUUGCGGAUCGACUAUUCCUUAUGAGAGGGAUAUACAUUGUGUGGAAAUCCUACAGCACCCUCAGGAAAGUUCACAAACAAGCCAUGCAAUUUUUGCAUCUGGAACAGUUACCUCUCCUUCCCAGAUUUUCGCCACCACGGCAAAUUUGGUCAUUUCUGCCACUAGCUCCUUCGUUCGUGCUGGUUCCAGCAUCAUUCAAGAAAGAGAAUCUAAGUCAACUAAAGACCCGAACACUGAGAACAUAUCGCCACCAUUUGGCAGUUAUUCAAACAACACCAUCAUAUUCACAUUGUUUGCAAUAUCUCUGGUGAUCUUAUCAGUAGCUAUUGUGUUUAAAUUGCAAAAGAAAAAUAAAGGUAGAAGUCAGUCAGCAGUAACUACAGUUGAUGCACUUCCAUCCUUGCCAGGGCAAUCAUUGUCAGAGCAAGAUCAUGAAAUUUGCCAUAUUGAUUUAGGAACAAACUGUGUCGUUUAUCAAGGUGCCCAUUCAAGUGAGAUGGGAGACGACACAUUGCCAGGUUUGACUCAUGGGACUGGAAAUAAUGGUUCAGGUAAUAAUUAUUGUCAAACCUAUUGUAGAUUGAUCUACAUUUCCAAAAUGUCAGCUGUUAGAUCAGAGAGUAAGAAACUGACCAGAACUGUUUGCACUCAUGUACACAGCUUUUAAAAAUACAGUUGCUGUGUUAAUUAUUCUUUAAAUUAUCUUAUUUCUUGUUUCAUUUUUCUUCCAAAGUAUGGUUAAAUAUGGUGACCUCAUGCUUAACAGCUAGGCAUCAGUAAGGGUUGAUACUAAUCUCAUGUCUAAUAUAUCCCCAUUCUCCUUUCAGGCACCAUUUGUGAUAAAUGAACUUGAGGCUGUGAUUAUGCAGUCUCUCUGUUUUUUAUCUUUGUUAGUUAUAUAUUUUAAAAAAAUGUUAAUUUUAUUGUAAUUAUACUACACCCAUUAGUGUCAACCACCACUAUGGUUUUUGAAGGCUGACAUUUCAGACAGUAACCC